UCCAUUUUGAGCGCUCGCUGCUACCAACGUGUUCCGGCUGUGGGCAUGUAUGUAUGAAGCUCGAGCCGUGUUAAAGAUUAGCGUAUUUCGGUUCAGCUUUUUGGGGGAUUGAUAUCGAAAUUCGACAUUAUCUUUUGCAGGAGUUGUUUUUCUUUUGCAUGAAUUAAAAGGCCAGAGACUCGACCGCUCGCCCGACAUGUCUUUGAUUUGCGCAAUUUCAAACGAGGUCCCGGAGCACCCGUGCGUCUCUCCGGUCUCCAACCAGGUAUUUGAACGGCGCCUCAUCGAGAAAUACAUCGCGGAGAACGGAGCAGAUCCUAUUAACGGCCAGCCUUUGUCCGAGGAGCAGCUUGUUGACAUCAAGGUUUCCCACCCCAUUCGACCGAAGGCGCCGUCUGCCACCAGUAUCCCUGCCAUUCUAAAAUCACUUCAGGAUGAGUGGGAUGCAGUGAUGUUGCACAGUUUCACACUGCGGCAGCAGUUGCAGACAACACGCCAGGAGCUGUCACACGCACUCUACCAACACGAUGCCGCAUGCAGGGUCAUCGCUCGUCUCACUAAAGAGGUCACUGCUGCCAGAGAGGCCUUGGCCACUCUAAAACCUCAAGCUGGAUUGGUCGCUCCGCAGGUUGCUCCUGCUUCUCAGCCCUCAGCCGUGGGUGUUGGUGGUGAGCCUAUGGAGGUCAGCGAACAGGUGGGAAUGACUCCAGAGAUCAUCCAGAAGCUACAAGACAAGGCCACUGUCCUGACCACCGAAAGAAAGAAGAGAGGAAAGACGGUGCCAGAAGAACUGGUCAGAGCCGAGGAUCUCAACAAGUAUCGCCAAGUGGCCUCCCAUGCUGGUCUCCACAGUGCCAGCAUCCCUGGAAUCCUUGCUCUGGAUUUGUGUCCCACAGACACCAACAAAGUGCUCACAGGUGGAGCGGAUAAGAAUGUGGUGGUGUUUGACCGCAGAGAGGAGCAGAUUGUGGCCACUCUCAAAGGCCACAGCAAAAAAGUCACCUCUGUCAUUUACCACCCAUCCCAGUCCCUGGUGUUUUCCGCAUCCCCGGACAGCACCAUCCGUGUGUGGUCUCUCGCAGCUGGAAACUGUGUGCAGGUGGUUAGAGCUCAUGAGGGAGGAGUUACUGGCCUCUCCCUGCAUGCUACUGGAGAUUACCUGCUCAGUUCCUCUGAGGAUCAGUACUGGGCCUUCUCUGAUAUCCAAACUGGUCGUGUUCUCACCAAAGUCACCGAUGAGACAGCAGGAUGUGCACUGACUUGUGCUCAGUUCCACCCUGACGGCCUGAUUUUCGGCACUGGUACAGCAGACUCUCAGAUUAAGAUUUGGGAUCUUAAGGAGCGCACCAAUGUGGCCAACUUCCCCGGUCACUCUGGCCCAGUCACUGCCAUCGCCUUCUCUGAAAACGGAUACUACCUUGCCACUGGGGCUCAGGAUAGCUCCCUGAAGCUGUGGGAUCUGAGAAAGCUGAAGAACUUCAAGACAAUUACUUUGGAUAAUAAUUAUGAGGUGAAGUCUCUAGUGUUUGAUCAGAGUGGAACAUAUCUGGCUGUUGGAGGGUCUGAUAUUCGAGUCUACAUUUGCAAGCAGUGGUCUGAGGUUCUAAACUUUGCCGAUCACCAAGGUUUGGUGACAGGAGUGGCAUUUGGGGAGCAUGCUCAGUUCCUGUCCUCUACUGGCAUUGACAGAAGCCUCAAGUUCUACAGUCUGUAGGACACAGAAGAAACUAAUAAAAUGAGAAAUCGGAGAAAUGACAGCUACGCUCUAGUCCAUGAUUCAUUCUAGUGUUUAAGGAGAAUACCAUGAGCCGUAGAACCCAUAAAAAAAAUGCAAACGGGACAAUAGUCUCUUGCUUGCGGAUGAAGAUGGAUACGAAAAUAUUUACAUAUUCAAUACCUUGUUGUGAUAAGUGAACUUGGUUAACACAUUCUCUGCUGUUUGGUAAUCAGUCAUAUGACCGUUUCCUCAUGAGAACUACUUCUGCUUAAAGAUUUUUUAGUAGUUAAAAAUUUUGUUCUCAUUUCUAUUUUUUUUUUUUUUUUCCUGCUCUGUAUUUGUAGAGCUCUUUCUUCAUUUCUGGGUUAGUGGUGUAGGUUUCUUGUGCCUAUUUUUUUUUUUUUGUAACCUGCCAGGAGCUGAAAACAUUAAUGCAAAUUAGAUUUCAAUAAAGAAUCGUUUUUUUAA